AUGGGCAGAUCCAUAUAUUUCUAUGAACCAUCCCUGGCAGCGGCCAUCAUCUUCACUAUCCUCUAUAUGCUUUCCCUUUUCUACCAGGCCUAUGUGGCAGUUAUUGCUUCCUGCACGGGAAAAUACAAUCAAGCAGGGUACUUCAUCCCAAUCUUGAUCGGCGCAGCAACCGAAGUUGCGGCCUAUGCUAUCAGGGCUGCGAGCGUCAAGAAGCCAGACGACGUCGGUCUUUACGCAACUUCGGCGACGUUAAUCGUCAUUGCCCCCGUCCUCGUCUGCGCAUGCCUCUUCCUCACGCAAGCGUCAGGAAGUGGAAUUGCUUCUUCGAAUAACUGGACGGGAUCCUCGAAAGAUGCUGGUAUAGGCGUGCUUAUUGGCGGGCUGGUGUUGCAACUUGUUACUUUCGUGCUCUUCUUGGUUCUCGUGAUUUGGUAUAAUGCUCGUCUGGCUCCUCUUCGAGAGGAGAGAAGGGUUCCGGUGUAA